AUGUCCUUUUACAGAUCGAGUAUGGAGUUGAGGACGGCGCUAGUGCUGCUCUCGUUGCUGUUUUAUGUGGACGGAUAUUCGAAGUAUGGACGUACGUGCAAGGACAUAGGUUGUCUGAACAGCGAAGUAUGUGUCCUGGCCGAAGAUCCUUGCAGCUUUGGUCACACCUCUGGCUGUGGGACCUACCCUACCUGCAAAAAGAAGUCGCAAGUCGAAGGAUCACAUUCGGAACCAGCUAAGCCGUCGGUACCAAAUCCGGUUCCACAAACACCGUCGAGAGACUCUGACUCGGCGCCACAUUAUCCUCCACCAGCCCCGCCUUCUAAUGGACAUAAUUCUCCAUACGGCGGUAGUUCCAACGGUGGUAGUUCUCCCUAUGGUGGCAACUCCCCAUACGGAGGCAGUUCAAAUGGAGGAUCUUCGCCAUAUGGCAAUAGGUCACCUUACGGGAGCAAUACGAACGAUGGCGGUUCGCCUUAUGGUGGUAAUUCUCCUUACGGCGGGAAUAACCCAUAUGGAGGCAGUUCGAACGGAGGCUCCUCUCCUUAUGGGGGUGGGUCUCCUUAUGGAGGCAACUCUCCUUACGGAGGUUCAUCCAACAGAGGUGGAAACCCCUACGGAGGCAGCUCCAACCCCGGCUUUGGAAGUUCAGGAGGAAAAAGCCCAUUGGACAAUAUCUUCAACACACUGAAUAAUUUCGCAAACGGAGGAGGCAGUGGAGCUGGCGGUGGUUCAGGAACGGGACUAUCGAACAUAUUCGGAAACAUUCUCGGUAACUUAUCAAAAAGCGGAGGUUUGAAUGGAUUGUUCAACACUCGACCCAUAAUGGAGAAUCCGGGCUACCAAUCAUAUAGUUCGAAUUCUCACGCUAAUCCCCAAAAUUAUCCAUCAGGGAACACGGCCCAUCAGCCCAACCAGAAUAGGAAAUAUGAGCACAGUUACGCUUCACACAACGGAGCCAGUACCAGAAAGCCGAUAUCUUACGGCUGGAACGUUAGGUAA